AUGGGUGAAACGGUGCUUGUUAAUCCAUCUGCGUCUGCGUCUGCGUCGACGAAUCACUCGGCGGCUGAUAUUCCGGCUCCGGUGCUUCUGUCUGAUUCGGCGGCGAUGCUCACGUGGUUUCGCGGCGAGUUUGCGGCGGCCAACGCCAUAAUCGAUGCUCUUUGCGGACACAUUAUGGAAGGGAGCGGGUCGGAGGAGUACUCGGCGGUGAUGGCAGCCAUCCAUCGGCGGCGAAUGAACUGGAUACCGGUGCUUCAGAUGCAGAAAUACCAUUCUAUCUCUCAAGUCACGCUCGAGCUCCGAGCCGCCACCACCGCCAAGACCAGCCUCCUCCACAAACAACAUAAUGAUGCUCUUCUCGACGACGAUUCUCCCACCAGCGAUAUCACAGAUUCCGGAUCUCGAGAAGAAGAAGGCGUGGUGGAGGAAACCAUGACUAUACACGAGGACGAAUCUUGCGAACCUCCUCCGGCUUCACUGCUCAUCAAGCAUCAGUCAAAGCGCUUUUCGGCUAAGGAACAUGUUCGAGGACAUACGUCCAAUGUUGUCAAAGGCCUUAAACUCUACGAAGACGUCUUCACUCCAACUCAACUCUCCAAGCUUCUCCAUUCUGUCAAUGAGCUCCGAGAGGCUGGUCGGAAUCACCAACUCUCAGGGGAGACAUUUGUUCUGUUCAACAAGAACACCAAAGGCACUAAAAGAGAGCUUAUUCAGCUUGGAAUUCCUAUUUUCGGCAAUGAACACUCUGUGGCACCUAUCCCGAGUCUUGUUCAAAGCGUGAUCGAUCAACUUCUUCAAUGGCGUCUGAUUCCUGAAUACAAACGACCCAAUGGCUGUGUCAUCAACUUCUUCGACGAGGAUGAACACUCCCAACCAUUCCAGAAACCACCUCACGUGGAUCAACCCAUAUCCACUCUUGUUUUGUCUGAAUCAACCAUGGUGUUUGGACAUCGACUCGGGGUCGAUAAUAAUGGCAACUUCAGAGGCUCACUCACUCUGCCACUCAAGCAAGGGUCGUUGCUGGUGAUGAGAGGUAACAGCGCGGAUAUGGCUAGGCACGUAAUGUGCCCAUCGCCCAACAAAAGAGUCGCAAUCACCUUCUUCAAACUCAAACAGGACUCCGGUAAGGUUCAGCCUCCACCAACCACGAACCCCGUCACUCUAUGGCGACCAGGCACCCCAUAUGGCAUGGUCAGAGCUCCAUUGGUGAUGCUAGCUCCGCCUCCCAAGAGGCUAGACGCCGGCACUGGAGUUUUCUUGCCGUGGACACCACCAGUGUCAAGAAAACCAGCCAAACAUCUUCCCCCGCGUGUCCAGAGGCUGCGUCUCCUAUCAUCGAAGUCAAUGGCAGAAUGUGAAACCUCGCCGCCGGAGAUUGGAGUGAGCUGA